CCGGGGCUUCCCGCGAUGGCUCUCCCGACACCUUCGGACGACACCCUCCCCGCGGAAGCCCGAGGAGGAGGACGGCGGAGGAGACUCGUCUGGACCCCGAGCCAAAGCGGCUGCUUUGAGCGGAACCCGUACCCGGGCAUCGCCACCAGAGAACGGCUGGCCCAGGUCAUCGGCGUUUCGGAGCCCAGGGUCCAGAUUUGGUUUCAGAAUGAGAGGUCACGCCAGCUGAGGCAGCACCGGCGGGAAUCUCGGCCCUGGCCGGGGAGACGCGGCCCGCAAGAAGGCAGGCGAAAGCGGACCUCCGUCACCCCAUCCCAGACCGACCUGCUGGUCCGAGACUUUGAGAAGGAUCGCUUUCCAGGCAUCGCCACCAGGGAAGGACUGGCCAGAGAGACGGGCCCCCCGGAGUCCAGGAUCCACAUCUGGUUUCAGAACCGAAGGGCCAGGCACCCGUCACAGGGUGGCAGGGCGCCACCGCCCACAGGCGGCCUGUGCAACGCGGCCCCGGGCGGGUGUCACCCUGCUCCCUGGUCGGUCGCCUUCGCCCACACCGGGGCGUGGGGAACGGGGAUCCCCGCACCCCACAUGCCCUGCGCGCCCGGGGCUCUCCCACAGGGGGCUUUCGUGAGCCAGGGAGCAAGGCCGUGCCAGGCCGCGCAGGCACGAGGGAUAUCCCAACCUGCCCCGUUAGGCGGGGAUUUUGCCUACGCCGCCCUGGCUCCUCCGGAAGGGGCGCUCUCCCACCCUCAGACGCCUCGGUGGCCUCCGCACCCGAGCAAAUGCCGGGAGGACCGCGACCCGCAGCGCGACGGCCUGCCGGGCCCUUGCGCGGUGGGACAGCCGGGCCCUCAGGCCGGGCCACAGGGCCAAGGUGUGCUUGCGCCACCCACGUCCCAGGGCAGUCCGUGGUGGGGCUGGCCCCAGGUCGCCGGGGCGGCGUGGGAACCCGAAGAAGGGGCACCUCCACCUCCGAAGCUCGCGACCCCGGGGGCCUCGCGUCAAGCACAGAUACAAGCCAUCCGGGCGCCCUCCCCACCGCUCGAGGAGCCGGGGCGCUCGUCUGCAUUCACCUCCAGGCUGUUAGAUGAGUUCCUGUGGACCCCAGAGUUUCAGCAAAAGUCACAACCUUUCCUAGAUCCGGCGCCACUGGGGGAGCUGAAGGACAUGGAAGAGCCCGCUCCGCUGGAACCACUCCUCAGACAGGAAGGACACCGGGCUCUGCUGGAGGAGCAGCUGACCUGUCUAGGAUCCCUGAGUUCCAGGUCCGGCGAGAGACUCCACACAGAGGAGGGCUGUCAUUCUUUCCUGAGCAUCCCGGGGAUCCCAGGGCCCGCCCAGGGGUAUGGCUGUAGACAAUGGCAGUGGCGCCUGGCUGGUCCAAGAGCCCGGUCCAGCUAUGCCCGCCUGAUUCCAGGCGUCACCACCAACCCCGGGCCGCGAGGCUGGGAUCAGGCACCCCGGAGCCGCUUGCCCGCGCCGGGCUGCUCUCCCCCUCUAUAUGCCCGAGCACCACCAGUCGCUGCGCUGCGCUUUCCGCCGACCUCCCUGAGCGUCCCGCUGUCGCCGGCGGCCAGACCACGCGAGGGAUCGCAGAGGCGCCAGAGGCCUCCAUCCCCUGCCAGGGCUCUGGACUCUCCAGGAGGCCUCCCUUUAGCUGAUGCUCCAGGCUUUCCCCUGGUUCUCCAGCUCUGGAGCUUCCAACACUUGGGGCCUGCUCAGGACGGGGUGUGCCCCCAGGCGUCAGGGCCCAGGGCCCACGGUCCUGGGAUCCCCUCUGGUCCUCCGCCUUGCCGCGGAAAAAUUAUUUUGGAUUCCUCCCCGCCCCUCCUGCAAGGUCCCCUCUUUCCCCACACACCCAGAGAAGCCAGGGCUGCCCAGGGGCCGGCAGUGGCGCCUGGCUGCCACAAGAGCCCGUCCCAGUCACGCCUGCUCGACUCCAGGCGUCACCGCCACCCCGGGGCCGCUGGCCUCAGAUCCGGGACCCCAGAGCCGCUCCCGCGCGGCUGGGCUGCUCUCCCCAUCAAGGCCCCAGCACCGCCGGCCGCCGCGCUGCGCCUUCUGCCGGCCUCCCAGAGCCACCCUCCUCGCCUGCGGCCAGACCACGCGCCGGACCGCCGCCCUGCUGCAGCGCGGGAGAGCCACAGGCCUCAGUCCCCUGCCCAGGCUCCAGGCACACCAGGCGGCCUCCCUUUUCGCAGACGCUCCAGGCCUUCCCCCGCUCAGGAGCUCCCAAGCUCCCAACACAUCGGGCCCGCUCAGGACGGGGUGUGCUCUGAGGCGUCAGGGCCCAGGGCCAACGGUCCUGGGAUCCCCUCCAGUCCUCCGCCUUGCCGCGGAAAAAUUGUUUUGGAUCCCUCGCCGCCCCUCCUGCAAGGCCCCCUCUUGCCCCACAUACCCAGAGCCGUCAGGGCUGCCCAGGGGCAAACAGCUGGCUCAGCCCCGCCGGCCCUUUUUCUCACAACGCCCACAUCAUUGUCGCUUGUCCCAACGAGGACCCGCCCCGUUGGCCAAGGCCCUGCUUUGCCCCGCGCUGGCACUAGAGCCCCGGCAGCCUGA